AUGUUUACUAAGACUAAAGUGGAAGCAGAUGAACUAAUUUUUGUCUCUUUUCCGAACAGUGGCUAUGACUUUGGGUACCUGAUUAAAAGUUUGUCCAACUCAAAAUUGCCAGAUGAAGAGGUUGACUUCUUCGAGAUUCUUCGUUUAUUUUUUCCCAUCAUUUAUGAUGUGAAAUACCUCAUGAAGAGCUGUAAGAACUUGAAGGGUGGUCUGCAGGAGGUAGCAGAGCAGCUUGAGCUGGAGAGAAUUGGACCUCAGCAUCAGGCAGGCUCUGACUCACUCCUCACAGGAAUGGCUUUCUUCAAGAUGAGAGAGAUGUUUUUUGAGGAUCACAUUGAUGAUGCAAAGUAUUGUGGUCACUUGUAUGGACUGGGUUCAGGCUCAUCCUAUGUCCAGAACGGCACCGGAAACGCUUACGAGGAGGAGGCAAACAAGCAGCAGUCAUGACACAACAAGAAUCCCUCACCAUAAACAACCUCAUAUACAGGGCUCAAAACAUGGGUUUUUAGUUGUUUUGUUUUUCAUGAAGGAUUUGAUAAGAUUUUGCACUUUAAAGCUCUCAUCCGACAGAA